AUGUCAUCAGACUCCGAGAUGGCCGUCUUUGGGGAGGCAGCUCCUUACCUCCGAAAGUCAGAAAAGGAGAGAAUCGAGGCCCAGAACAAGCCUUUCGACGCCAAGACAUCUGUCUUUGUGGUGCAUCCUAAAGAAUCCUUUGUGAAAGGGACUAUCCAGAGCAAAGAAUCAGGGAAGGUCACUGUCAAGACUGAAGGUGGAGAGACUCUAACCGUGAAGGAAGAUCAAAUCUUCUCCAUGAACCCUCCCAAGUAUGACAAGAUUGAGGACAUGGCCAUGAUGACCCACCUCCAUGAACCCGCUGUGCUGUAUAACCUCAAAGAGCGUUACGCAGCCUGGAUGAUCUACACCUACUCGGGUCUCUUCUGCGUCACUGUCAACCCCUACAAGUGGCUGCCGGGUGCCAACCCGGCGGGGGGGGUGAAGCGCCAGGAGGCCCCUCCACACAUCUUCUCCAUCUCUGACAAUGCCUAUCAGUUCAUGCUGACUGAUCGGGAGAACCAGUCAAUCCUGAUCACUGGAGAAUCCGGUGCAGGGAAGACUGUGAACACAAAGCGUGUCAUCCAGUACUUUGCAACAAUUGCAGCGAGUGGGGAGAAAAAGAAGGAGGAGCAAUCAGGCAAAAUGCAGGGAACGCUUGAGGAUCAAAUCAUCAGCGCCAACCCGCUGCUGGAGGCCUUUGGAAAUGCCAAGACUGUGAGGAACGACAACUCCUCACGCUUUGGCAAAUUCAUCAGAAUUCACUUUGGUGCCACAGGAAAGCUAGCUUCUGCCGAUAUUGAAACAUAUCUGCUGGAGAAAUCCAGAGUCACUUUCCAGCUCAAAGCAGAAAGAAGCUACCACAUAUUUUAUCAAAUCAUGUCGAACAAGAAGCCAGAGCUAAUUGACAUGCUUCUCAUUACCACCAACCCGUAUGACUAUCACUUUGUGAGUCAAGGUGAGAUCACUGUUGCCAGCAUUAAUGACCAGGAGGAGCUGAUGGCUACAGAUAGUGCCAUCGACAUCCUGGGCUUCACUGCUGAUGAAAAAACAGCCAUUUAUAAGCUGACAGGGGCUGUCAUGCACUAUGGGAACCUGAAGUUAAAGCAGAAACAACGAGAGGAGCAGGCAGAGCCAGAUGGCACAGAAGUUGCUGACAAGGCUGCCUACUUGAUGGGUCUGAACUCAGCUGACCUGCUCAAAGCCCUCUGCUACCCCCGUGUCAAGGUUGGGAAUGAAUAUGUGACCAAGGGCCAAACUGUGCAGCAGGUGAACAAUGCAGUUGGUGCCCUGGCAAAGGCUGUCUAUGAGAAGAUGUUCCUGUGGAUGGUUAUUCGCAUCAACCAACAGCUGGAUACAAAGCAGCCCAGACAGUACUUCAUUGGUGUCCUGGACAUUGCUGGCUUUGAGAUCUUUGAUUUCAACAGCCUGGAGCAGCUGUGCAUCAAUUUCACCAAUGAGAAACUGCAACAAUUCUUCAACCACCACAUGUUCGUGCUGGAGCAGGAGGAGUACAAGAAGGAAGGAAUUGAAUGGACAUUCAUCGAUUUUGGGAUGGAUCUAGCUGCCUGCAUUGAGCUCAUUGAGAAACCCAUGGGCAUCUUCUCCAUCCUGGAAGAGGAAUGCAUGUUCCCCAAGGCCACUGACACCUCUUUCAAAAACAAGCUCUAUGACCAACAUCUGGGCAAGUCCAGUAACUUCCAGAAGCCCAAGCCUGCCAAAGGCAAGGCUGAAGCCCACUUCUCCCUGGUACACUAUGCUGGCACGGUGGACUACAACAUCUCUGGCUGGCUUGAGAAGAACAAAGACCCCCUGAAUGAAACUGUCAUUGGGUUGUACCAGAAAUCAUCUGUGAAGACACUGGCUUUACUUUUUGCCUCCUAUGGUGGAGCAGAAACAGAGGCUAGUGGUGGUGGCGGGGGUGGGAAGAAGGGGGGCAAGAAGAAGGGUUCUUCUUUCCAGACUGUCUCAGCUCUUUUCCGGGAGAACCUAAACAAGCUGAUGACCAAUCUACGGAGCACUCACCCCCAUUUUGUCCGUUGCAUCAUCCCAAAUGAAACAAAAACACCUGGUGCCAUGGAGCAUGAACUGGUGCUUCACCAGCUGCGGUGUAACGGCGUGCUGGAAGGCAUCAGAAUUUGCAGGAAAGGUUUCCCCAGCAGAGUUCUCUAUGCAGACUUCAAACAGAGAUACAAGGUGCUUAAUGCCAGUGCGAUCCCAGAGGGACAGUUCAUUGACAGCAAGAAGGCUUCUGAGAAGCUUCUCGGGUCAAUCGAUGUGGAUCACACCCAGUACAAAUUUGGCCACACCAAGGUGUUCUUCAAAGCUGGACUGCUGGGACUCCUGGAGGAGAUGAGGGAUGAGAAACUGGCACAGCUCAUCACCCGCACCCAGGCCAGGUGCAGGGGCUUCCUGAUGAGAGUGGAGUACCAGAGAAUGGUGGAGAGAAGGGAGUCCAUCUUCUGCAUCCAGUACAACAUUCGUGCAUUCAUGAAUGUCAAGCACUGGCCCUGGAUGAAGCUGUUCUUCAAGAUCAAGCCCUUGCUGAAGAGUGCAGAAUCUGAGAAGGAGAUGGCCAACAUGAAGGAAGAGUUUGAGAAAACCAAGGAAGAGCUUGCAAAGUCUGAGGCAAAGAGGAAGGAGCUGGAGGAGAAAAUGGUGAAACUGGUGCAGGAGAAAAACGAUCUGCAGCUCCAAGUGCAGGCUGAAGCUGAUGCUUUAGCUGAUGCUGAGGAAAGAUGUGACCAGCUCAUCAAAACCAAAAUCCAGCUGGAAGCCAAAAUUAAGGAGGUGACUGAAAGGGCUGAGGAUGAAGAAGAAAUUAAUGCUGAACUGACAGCCAAGAAAAGAAAACUGGAGGAUGAAUGUUCAGAGCUGAAGAAAGAUAUUGAUGACCUUGAAUUGACACUAGCCAAGGUUGAGAAGGAAAAACAUGCCACUGAAAACAAGGUGAAAAACCUUACAGAA